UCUUGCCUGUACAUCCUAUCUUUUUUUAAUCAUCCACACCAUCUUCACUAACUCUGUCUCCCUUCCUUGCCUUCGAAAAAUUCUAGGAGUUCCCCGAUGUUGAUCCUUUACUUCCAAUUCAUAUUCCCAAAUCCAUUUUAAAUUGCCUUCCUUGUCCCUUCCUGAACUUCACUUCCAAUCCAAUCCCAUUCCAACUCACUUUCCACUCGAAAAGAGAAAAAACAUUGAUAUUGACUAGCUCCAUUUUCAUCAUUCCCGUCCUCAUCUCAAGUCUUCAUUUAAUUCCUCUUGGUAAACACCUCCUUCCCUUUUUGAUCCUAUCAAAAAUAGACUCUCAAGACGGAGAAAAAGCCAGCGAGCAAUCAAUUCCUGUGAUUUGGCUGCUACCCCGUCGAAAACAUCAUACCUUAAAGAGUUCUUUCACCCCUCAGGUUUGAUUUUCCUACUUCAUUGUAAUAAUUAAUUUCCAUUUUUUUUUCUAAAUUUUCUCUAAUGAGUCAUCCCUAGUUGAGGAAAAAUAAAACGAAAAAAGAAAAAGAAAACAAGGAAAAAUCUGUUAAACGCUGGUAACGAACCCACCAACCACCAAACAGAUAAUUAAUUUAAUUAAUGGGGAAGAGAUUUCUGCAAAAAGUCAAAAUCUUUGUCUGCGAGCCUUUUCGCAAACACCGUCCUUCUUCUCCUCCUUCCCCACCACCUCCUCCUCCUCCAUCCCCACCACCUUCGCCACCACCGUCGCCGCCGCCGCCCCCCACGUCUCCGCCGAAGCCCAAGUUCCCCUUCGUCUUCCCACGCACCGAGUCCAUGGUCCUCCCCGAUCCUUCUCCCUUCUUCUCACCGAGCCUCCUCUCCGCCCCGCUCCCGACGAACUCUUUCUUCCAGAACUUCACUCUCAACAAUGGCGACCAGGCUGAGUAUAUCCACCCCUACCUCAUCAAGCCCUCCCCAUCCUCUGUCUCCAUCUCGUUCCCUUCUCGCGUCGCCUCCUCCACCUCUUUGUACCAAGUGUUCAACGCCGACCUCACUGUCUCCGCCGUUUCGGGUGAUGACGUCGUAGGCGGCGUGGUGUCGAAGGCGCCGCGGCACAUAAUCUCAUCGUACAGCGACCUCAGCGUCACGCUGGACUUUGUGACUUUGAACCUAAGGUUCAUCCUCAUCAGGGGGAGCCCCUACUUGACCUGCUUGGUCGACAAUGGGACGGAGGUUGCGAUCUCAACUAUUCACGCGAUCCUCUCGCUCUCUUCGAAUAGUAGCUGCACCAAGCAUACUUUGAAGCUCAGCAACAACCAGACUUGGCUUGUUUACACUUCCUCGCCGAUCAGUUUCAGUCACAAUCUCAAUGCCAUUACUUUCAAAGGUUUCGGGGUUAUUAGGAUUGCUUGUUUGCCUGACGGUGGAUCACUUAGUGAGGAGGUUUUGGAUAGGUUCAGUUCUUCGUAUGCUUUGUCUGGUGAUGCAGUGUUGACUAGACCGUUUUGUGUGGAGUACAAAUGGGAGAAGAGAGGAUGGGGGGAUCUGCUCAUGCUCGCGCACCCGCUCCAUGUUCAACUUUUGUCUCUUGAGGACUGUCUUGUCACUGUGUUGGAGGAUUUUAAGUAUAGAAGUAUCGAUGGUGAUCUUGUUGGUGUAGUUGGAGAUUCCUGGGUGUUGAGAUUGAAUCAUGUCUCUGUUACUUGGCAUUCAAUCAAAGGCGUCAAGGAAGAGUCACGCGAUGAAAUCAUUCAAGCCCUUCGUAUGGAUGUGGAGUCCCUUAAUCCGGCUGUAAUAACAACAGCUUCAUCUUAUUCUUAUGGGAAAUUGAUGGCUAGAGCGGCAAGGUUGGCUUUGAUUGCUGAGGAGGUGUGUUAUCCUGAAGUUAUCCCAGCGAUCGGGAAAUAUUUAAAGAGCACCAUAGAACCAUGGUUGGAUGGGACCUUUAGUGGUAAUGGAUUCUUGUACGAUGCGAAAUGGGGUGGGAUUAUCACCAAGCUAGGGUCGACCAAUCCUGGUGAAGAUGUUGGCUUCGGCUUGUACAAUGCUCAUCACUAUCAUUUAGGGUAUUUCCUUUACGGAAUUGCUGUUCUCGCCAAGAUUGAUCCUGUAUGGGGAAGGAAGUACAAGCCUCAAGCUUAUUCACUGAUGGCAGAUUUCAUGAACUUGGGGAAAAGAUUGAAUUCCAAUUAUCCGCGUUUGAGGUGCUUUGACCUGUAUAAAUUGCACUCCUGGGCUGGUGGAUUGACUGAAUUUGCAGAUGGCCGGAAUCAGGAGAGCACGAGCGAGGCUGUGAAUGCUUACUAUUCAGCUGCUUUAAUGGGAUUAGCCUAUGGAGACACCCAUCUUGUUGCUGUCGGGUCCACGCUCGCUGCAAUGGAAAUACAAGCAGCUCAAACAUGGUGGUAUGUUAGAGAAGGCGAUAAUUUAUAUGAGGAAGACUUCACUAGGGAGAACAGGGUGGUGGGUGUUCUGUGGGCUAACAAAAGGGACAGUGGUCUUUGGUUCGCUGGAGCGGAGAGGAAAGAUUGUAGGCUUGGAAUUCAGGUUUUGCCUUUGUUGCCUAUUACUGAGGUUCUAUUCUUGGAUAUCCAGUUUGUGAAACAGCUGGUGGAUUGGACAUACCCAGCAUUGAACAGGGAGGGAAUUGAAGGAUGGAAAGGACUUGUGUAUGCCUUGGAAGGGAUUUUUGACCAAGGUAGUGCGCUGGAAAAAGUGAGGAGCUUGAGCGGUUUUGAUGAUGGGAACUCUAUUUCGAAUCUUCUGUGGUGGAUUCAUAGUAGAGGUGAUGAAGAAGACACAGGAUGCAGGGAUGGAGGAAAGUACUGUUGGUUUGGUUACUAUUGUCACUGAAAUUGUCAUUUCAGGGACGGAUUCAAUUGCUUUAAUGAGAUAUUUUAUUUGGAGUAUUCAUGUACUUAUGUGAGGAUUGCUUUGUUCCUUGUGUAUCUAUCUUUUAUUUGGAGUAUUCAUGUACUUAU